AUGGGGAAGAAACAGCAUUCCAAGGACAAGAUGUACAUCUUGCACUCAGAAUGGCAGACAGAAGGAGGAGGAUACAAGAGCAAAGGGGGGCUAGCAGCGAAAGCGCCUCAUCGAUGUCUUCCUUUCUUCUGCUGCUCUCUGUCUCUGCAGCCGUUUGAGGAUCCUAUGAUGACGCCUCAGGGGGUUGUUUAUGAUAUGUUGAACAUCAUUCCCUACGUGCAGAAGAACAAACGAUGCCCUGUGACGGGGCAGCCGCUGAGCGUGAAGGAGCUGACGAAGUUAACGUUUCACAAGAAUGAGAAGGACGAGUACCACUGCCCCAUCAUGUUCAAGACCUUCACUGCCCACACGCACAUCGUUGCGAUCAAGACUUCUGGGCAUGUCUACUGCCAUGAGGCGAUCGAUACGCUGUGUUUGAAAACCAAGAACAUGAGAGAUCUUAUCACUGACGAGCCUUUCACCAAGAAAGACAUCAUAACCCUCCAGGACCCUCACAACUUCUCCAACAGGGAGAUCAACAAGUUCCAGCACAUCCAGUCGGGCGAGGACACCAAGGCGAGGAAGGUUGCUGAGAUGAAAGUGGACGAGGAGACAAGAAGAAUUCUGGACAAGGCUGGGUUGAGUGCACCGGGAGCAACAGGAGCGCAGAGGCCAUCGCAAGCUUCUCUACUUGCUGCUGAGGCGAAGGCGAAGAGAGCUAGGGAGGAGGCAAUGGAGGCUGAGAGGAACGAUCCGUUGAAGCUGACAUCUGAUUGCGCAUCAAAGAGGAAGAAAGGAAUCUCCAGCGGAGCGAUGGCUGCAUCGUUCACCUCCUCGGCGAUUGACGUGCAUUAUAAGGUGGAAGAGCAGGCGAUGUCGGAGAAGGAGAUCAAACAGGAGAGAUGGAGGAUCAUGCGGCAGAUCGGGAAGAAAGGAUACGUGCAGCUCAAGACAACCCAUGGAGACUUGAACCUCGAGAUCAGAUGCGAUUGGGUUCCCUCGACUUCUGAAAAUUUCUUAACUCUCUGCGCAAGAGGAUAUUACAACGGAACGAAAUUCCAUCGUCUCAUCCCCGACUUCAUGAUCCAAGGAGGGGACCCAACGGGGACUGGGAGGGGAGGAGAGAGCUGCUGGGGGGAGAAGUUCGAGGACGAGAUAGACAGCAGGCUGUCGCACAAUGCGCGGGGUAUCCUGAGUAUGGCGAACGCGGGGCCGAAUACCAAUGGGUCGCAGUUCUUCAUCACCUUCAAAGCUUGUCCUCAUCUCGACAAGAAGCAUUCGAUCUUCGGCUCUGUUGUCGGUGGCAUCGACACGUUAAGGAAGUUGGAGAGGAUCGAAACAGAUGCCAAGGACUGUCCGACAGAAGACAUCAUCGUCAAAGAAGUGGUCGUGUUCGUGAAUCCGUUCGAGACGGAUCUCAAGGCGUACUUCGAGGAAAAGAAGAGCAAUGAAAUCAAAGAGGCGAGGGGGCAUUUCACCCAGUGGUACUCGAACCCUUCGGCGGCUGCAGCAAGCAAGGUCACUCUCUACAAGGAGGGCGUCGGCAAAUACAUCGCGCCAAAGAAGGAGGAGGAGGGCAAGAAGGAGGCGGCGGAGCAGCAGGAUAAUGGGGAUGACAUGUGGGUCAACGUUCCUCUCUCGAAGCAGAAGAACAAGGCGGCUCCUCGUGCUGGUUUCGGAGACUUUUCGAGGUGA